GCAGCAGGAAGGAUUCAAGGGAACCUUCCCUGACGCGAGAGAGCAAGAGAUACGGAUGGGCCAGAUGGCUAUGGGAGGUGCUAUGGGCAUAAACAACAGAGGUGCCAUGCCCCCUGCUCCUGUGCCAGCUGGUACCCCAGCUCCUCCAGGACCUGCAACUAUGAUGCCGGAUGGAACCUUGGGAUUGACCCCACCAACCACUGAACGCUUUGGCCAAGCUGCUACAAUGGAAGGAAUUGGGGCAAUUGGUGGAACUCCUCCUGCAUUCAACCGUGCAGCUCCUGGAGCUGAAUUUGCUCCAAACAAACGUCGCCGAUACUAAUAAAGUUGCAGUGACUAGUUUCCCAAAACCCUUAAAAGAAGGACCCUUUUUGGACUAGCCAGAAUUCUACCCUGGAAAAGUGUUAGGGGAUUCCUCCCAAUAGAUAGAUCUUCCCUGCCUGUGCUACUCUAGGGAAUAUACUUAGAGGCAGAGGGCAAGGGAGGGGUGGUAUUUAACAAAUCAGUUCUGUGUGGUAUAUUGUUAGCAGUUCUGUGUGGUGCAUUCCUGAAGUCUCAAAUGUGAUUGUUGAGGGCCUGGGGAACCAUAGCAAAUUGGAUCCAUCUAGAGCCCCAUUAAUCCUGACCAUUCCAUUUUGUGUCCAUCAUGUUUUAUUUGCUUUCUCAUUCUUACAUCCCUCAACCCCACAGACACUGCCACAUAUACCACAAAAACCAAACAUCCCCCAAUGACCUAGCCCCAUUCCUCCAUUUGCUCCCAGGUGAGAAUUCAGGCAAAUAUCCACAGAGGUCACAGAUUGCAUACAUAACGGUUAUGUUAUAUCCCAUAUAUUACCCCUUCAUGUCCUAAGGAAGACAUUUUCUCUUAGAGAUUUUCAUUUUAGUAUAUCUUAAAUAAUCUUGUGUUACCUUGCCUCCAUCUUUUUCUUGGGUGAGGACAACUCAAGAAUGAUCCUUUUGUGUCUCUGAUGUUGUUCUUCACAGCUUUUCUUGAUAGGCCUACUACAAUCUUGGGAACAGGGUUGCUGUAUACUGAAGGUCUGACAGUAGCUCUUAGCCUUGCCUAUCUUAGUAGUUAAAUGCUGUGCUUUUUAUUGGUAUAUGUUUGAUUUGUCCCUGAUACCUUAAAUUUGGAGUUUUUCUGAGAA